AUGUCCGCCCAAGCGCCCCACCAGAACGUCGACAUGAACGAUGCCGACUCAGACCACUCAGAUGCAAUGCUCGACCCCACAGAAGCCGAUGAGGAGAUUGCCUCCGACGAGGACGCGCCCAUGGACUCCGACGACGACGAGGCCCUCCAAGAAAUCCAACUUCACAACGACAGCGUCGCCCACUUCGACGCGCAUAAAGAGUCCAUCUUCUGCAUAGCCCAACAUCCCGUCCACCCUCAGAUAAUAGCCACCGGGGGCGGCGAAGGCGAGAAUGAGGAUGAGAUUGGAAUUGGCUAUGUGUUCGAUGCCACACCCCCUGAGGCGCCCGUGCUACCCGCCAGCUAUCAGAGCAACCCACAGCCCGUGGAGCGCGCCUCCCUCCCACCCCUCUACAAACUCACCGGCCACACCGCCUCGAUCGGAUCUAUCACCUACACGCACCCAAAAGGCCAAUACCUCUGCACCGGCGGGCUAGACGGCUCCUUGCGCGUCUGGCAGACCGACCCCAGUGGGCGGAAAUACCGCCCCCUCGCCUCCGCGGCAGAGGUCGAGGAGAUCAACUGGAUAUCGGCGUGUCCGCACCCUGGACACCCCAACACCAUCGCGCUAGGCGCGAAAGAUGGAAGUGUCUGGGUGUAUAGCAUCAAUGCGGCUGACAAGACGAGCCCCCUCACGAUUGUGCAGACGUAUUAUAUACACACCGAGGCCUGCACCGCCGGGGCGUGGAGCCCGGAUGGGAGACUCCUGGCCACUGUCUCUGAGGACGCGAGUUUCUACGCCUGGGACGUGUGGGGCGAGGCUGCGGCCGCGGGGCUAGCUCCCGCUCAGGGCAGCCAGGCCGUCGUCAGCUUAACGGCGCAGGACGAGCGGUUCAAAGUCGAGGGGGGCCUGUACAGCGUAGCCGUGUCGCCGAACGGGGCCUUCGCUGCUGUCGGGGGUGCAGAGGGACAUGUUCGAAUCAUCUCACUGCCACGCAUAGGCGCUGAAUCAUCAUCAUCCUCUGGCAGCGUCAAGGCCGCAGGUGCGCGCGCCAAAGCGGGGGCGGGAGGCGGGAAGCAGAGUGCGGGACAAGCAGGCCAGAUCCUCGCGAGCCUAAAAGCGCAGACGGAUGAUGUUGUUACGUUAUCCUUUUCUGCGCCGCCGUCUACGCUCCUAGCGGCUGGGAGUGUGGACGGCAGUAUCGUGCUGUUCGACACCGCGCAUCGCUUUGCCGUACGGCGGCACAUUCCCGAGGCGCACGCCGAGGCCAACGAGGAGCACGCGGAGGAGAACGAGGAAGAGAAGGCGGUCGUGAAGGUAGAGUUCGUGCGCGACGUGCCGGGCGGGGAGUGGUUGCUCACGAGCUGUGGGAGCGAUGGGGUGGUGAGGCGGUGGGAUGCUAGGGGCGGGACUGCGGCGGCGGCGAAGGGGCUCGUGGGGGAGUGGAGGGGACAUAGAGGGGGUGGGGAGGGGGGUUUGGUGCAGGGGUUUGUGCAGGGUGGAGGGCGGUGGAUCGUUACAGCUGGGGAUGAUGGGGUUGCACUAGUUUUUGAUGCGAAGGUUUAG